GCUGCUCGAUGACUCGAGCUCCAGCCCAGUGAGCGUUGGCUCUCUGCCAGUCCAUCCAUCAAUCGCCAACGCCUUUCUCGACCGCGGCCGACAUACGUUGUCGCCAUGGCGUAUUUAACUCUCGCGGGCGACUCCUGCUUCACGGCCUACGAGGCCCAGAAGCUCAAAGAUCAGAUCAACAAAGUGGCGCCCAUCAAGGUCUCGACGCUGCGCGGAUCCUGGGUCUACUACGCCCACAUCGAGGGCGAUACCGACGCGGCCAAUCAGAAGCUCGUUCAAUUGCUUCCUCUGUCGGCCGAGUCGGGAGAAUCCACUCCUCACUUGACACACAUUGGCUACGGGCGCACCUGGUACGUGACGCCGCGGUACAUCUCUCCAUGGAGCUCCAAGGCCACCAGCAUUGCCCAUGUCUGCGGCUUCGAGCAGCAAAUCCGCCAGAUCGAACGCGGACGCAUUGUCACUCUCGAGUUCGAGCAGCCCUACAAUGACAAGGCCAUUCCCUUCCGCGACAUCCUGCACGACCGCAUGACCGAGACACUUUCGGCCGAUGCGCCUAACCUCACUGCCAUGUUCGCCAGCGGCGAGCCCGCGCCUCUCGAGGUUGUCGACAUCUUUGCCGAUGGGCGCGACCCUGCUCAGGUGCUCAAUGAAUACAACAAGGCGCGUGGCCUGGCCUUGGACCAGUCCGAGGUGGAAUACUUGGUGGAAAAGUUCAGGCAACUGGGUCGCCCGCCACACGAUAUCGAGCUCUUCAUGUUCGCUCAGGUAAACUCGGAGCACUGCCGCCACAAGCAGUUCAAUGCGAACUGGACUAUCGAUGGGCUGGCCAAGGGAAGGUCGCUGUUUGAGAUGAUCAGGAACACCCACAAGGCCACCCCCGAUUUCACGGUGUCCGCCUACAGCGACAACGCGGCGGUUAUGCAGGGCGAGCACGCCCAUCUCUGGGCCCCCGACUAUUCGACUGGUUCGUGGAAGCUGCAGAAAGAGCUUCUGCAUGUGCUGGCCAAGGUCGAAACUCACAAUCAUCCGACGGCCAUUGCACCUUUCCCCGGCGCUGCCACCGGAUCUGGCGGAGAAAUCCGCGACGAAGGAGCUGUUGGAAGAGGUUCGAUGCCCAAAGCUGGCCUUUGCGGUUUCUGGGUCUCCGAUCUGCUCAUCCCUGAUCACAGGGCGCCCUGGGAAAUGGACGUCGGUCGCCCGUCUCAUUUCGCGAGCAGUCUCGACAUUAUGCUGGAGGCGCCCAUCGGCAGUGCCCGUUUCAACAAUGAAUUUGGCCGCCCCUGCCUCGCGGGCACGUUCCGGACUCUCCUCGCUGCUGAUGACACAGGGGCUGAAGGGGCGUUCCGGGGCUAUCACAAGCCGAUCAUGAUUGCCGGUGGUCUCGGCACCGUCAGGGAGAAGCACGCACUGAAGCGCCCUGAGGAUGUCGUGGAGGGCGCACACGUAAUUGUCCUCGGUGGCCCUGCCAUGCUGAUUGGGCUUGGUGGCGGUGCUGCAUCGAGCAAUGCCUCUGGAGAGGGCAAUGCCGAUCUGGAUUUUGACAGUGUCCAGCGCGGCAACCCUGAAAUGGAGCGGCGGGCACAGAUGGUUAUCAACACUUGCGUGGCCUUGGGCGAGCACAACCCGAUCGCCAUGAUCCACGAUGUCGGCGCAGGGGGUCUCUCUAAUGCACUGCCUGAGCUUGUCAGGGAUGCCGGCUUCGGUGGCAGAUUCGAGCUUCGCCAGGUCGAGAGCGUAGACCGGAGCAUGAGCCCGCUCCAAAUUUGGUGCAAUGAGGCGCAGGAGCGCUACGUUCUUCUGGUGAACAGCGACGGGAUGGAACGCUUCACCAGCAUUUGCCGUCGUGAACGCUGUGGCUUCUCGGACGUUGGCACUGUCCUCUCCCGGGAAGUGGACGGAGUCUCCAGACUGAUUCUUAGUGACAGAGAAUCAGACGAAUUCCCGCGGCCCAUCGACGUUCCAAUGGAUGUGCUCUUCCCUAAGGGCCGCAAGUUGGAGCGUAUUGUUAACUCCAAGAAACCUGCUUGGCCUGUUUUUGACCCUAUCACAAGCCUGAAGGCCGCUGUCGAGGGUCCGCUCGGCGAUGCGGACCUCUUCAAGCAAGCUGUGAAGCGGGUCUUCUGGAUGCCGUCGGUCGGCUCCAAGUCGUUCCUGAUCACCAUUGGCGACCGCACAGUAGGUGGUCUCACGACCCGGGAUCAGAUGGUCGGGCCGUGGCAAACCCCUGUUGCCGAUGUUGCUGUGACGGCGACUUCUUUCAGCCUCAACGGCGCGAGGACUGGUGAAGCAAUGGCGAUGGGUGAGAAGCCUACCCUCGCCCUGAUCUCGCCCGCAGCCUCCGCGAGGAUGGCUGUGGCAGAGAGUCUGCUUAACCUUGGGGCAGCAGAUAUCAAGGGCGGCGACCAUCGCGGAGAUUUGAGACGGGUCAAGCUUUCCGCGAACUGGAUGGCGGCUGUGAACCAUGAAGGCGAGGGCGCGGCCCUUUAUGAGGCUGUGGAGGCUAUCGGCAUGGGCCUGUGCCCUCAACUGGGCGUCAGCAUUCCCGUGGGCAAGGACUCGACGUCCAUGAAGUCGUCCUGGAAAGACGGAGAGACCAGGAAGAGUGUGACCGCGCCUGUGUCGGUCGUCAUCUCCGCAUUCAGCCUGGUCGAGGACGUCCGGCGCACGUGGACACCUCAGCUUCGCCGUGUCGAAGAUGUUGGCGAGAGCAUCCUGCUCUACGUCGACCUUGCGCAGGGUCGCAAGGCCAUGGGCGGCUCUGCUCUCGCCCAGUCGCUGGGCGCCGUUGGCCACGAGGCACCAGAUGUCCGUGACGUGGAGCUCCUCAAGGACUACUUUGACGCGCUGGCGCAGUUGCAUGAGAGUGGCGUCGUUCUCGCUUACCAUGACAAGUCCGACGGCGGCCUCAUCACAACGAUUGCCGAGAUGAUGUUUGCCGGUCGAUGCGGCGUUGACCUGAUGAUGGAUGGUAUCGCAGCCUCGAAGAGCUUGGCAGACAUGGUGGACGCCCUCUUCAACGAGGAGCUUGGUGCGGUCUUCCAAGUGCGCGCCUCUGACGAGACCAACUUCAAGAGGUGCUUCGCCACCUGCGGCCCCCCUGCCGGCCUCAUCAGAAAGUUUGGCGUCGUCCAACCCACCUCUAAGCAGACGCUCACCAUCCGUUAUGGCGAGGGGGCGCCGUUUGUCAGCCUUGACAGGGCUGAGAUGCAGCAGUGGUGGACCAAGACGUCGUACGAGAUGCAGAAGCUAAGGGACAACCCGUCGUGCGCCGAGGCCGAGUAUGCUACCAUCCUGGAUUCCGAAGAUCCCGGUCUAUCCUACAACCUCACCUUUUCACCAUCUGAGAACAUCACCCCGCUGACGGCGUCCAUUACGGGCUUCUUCGGUAAGAUGCCCCGCGUCGCCAUCCUCCGUGAACAGGGCGUCAACGGCUAUGCCGAAAUGGCCUUCGCCUUCCGCGCCGCCGGCUUCGACGCAAUCGACAUCCACAUGACCGACAUCAUCGCGGGCCGCUCGCUGUCCGACUUUGUCGGCCUCGCCGCCUGCGGUGGCUUCUCGUACGGCGACGUGCUCGGUGCCGGCCAGGGCUGGGCCAAGUCGAUCCUGCUGCACGACAGGGCGCGGCGCGAGCUUGCCGACUUCUUCAAUCGCAAGGAUACCUUUGCCCUGGGUGUCUGCAACGGCUGCCAGAUGCUUUCGCGCCUGAAGGAGCUCAUCCCGGGCGCCGAGCACUUCCCUACCUUUGUGGGCAACGCGUCGUCUCAGUUCGAGGCACGCUUUAGCAUGGUCAAGGUCGAGGACAACCCGGCCAGCCCGUCCGUCUUCUUCAACGGCAUGAACGGUUCCUCGCUGCCUAUCGUCGUCUCCCACGGUGAGGGCCGGGCCGAGUUUGCCUCGGAGGAGUCGUUCCAAGCGCUGACAGAAGCGGGCGGCAUCCCGCUGCGGUAUGUCGAUAACCGGCUGAAGGUGACUGAGCAGUACCCGUACAAUCCCAACGGCUCUCCGGCAGGUGUAGCGGGCGUAUCCAGCAGGGAUGGUCGCGUGCUAGCAAUGAUGCCGCAUCCGGAGCGGACCAUCAUGGCUGGCGUAGCGAGCUAUGCCCCGCCCGAGGAGGCCGGGGAGUGGGGCGAGUUUGGGCCGUGGCUAAGGCUGUUUAGAAGCGCGCGGAGAUGGGUGGGUUAGACUUGGUUGGUUGUUGCUUGCGGCGUUGUGAAAAGGGGUAGGGGCGAAGGUUAUUGUGGGACUGGCUCGGCGUAGGCCAUGCACGGAAAAUCAUGGAUGUAAAUGUGGUUGCUAUAGAGCGUAUAUAUACAUCAGCCGAAAUCGGCAUAUAUUCACUCUGCCUACUACAAACCCGGGACAAUAGUGGUUCUCUAGCAAUGCGGUCACGGAAACACAUACGUUAGGUAUGAAGACACAGAAG